CUCUCGCGUUUCCGGUUCCGCCGCCUCCGCGUCCGCUCGUUCUUCCCGUGGUUGAGGCGUCCUCGUCGACCUCUGCACUAUGUCCAGCGGCCUCCUGAAGGCGCUGCGCAGCGACUCCUACGUGGAGCUGAGCCAGUACCGGGACCAGCACUUCCGGGGUGACAAUGAAGAACAGGAAAAAUUACUGAAGAAAAGCUGUACAUUGUAUGUUGGAAAUCUUUCCUUUUAUACAACCGAAGAACAAAUCUAUGAACUCUUCAGCAAAAGUGGAGACAUAAAGAAAAUCAUUAUGGGCCUGGAUAAAAUGAAGAAAACAGCAUGUGGUUUCUGCUUUGUGGAAUACUACAUAAGAGCAGAUGCGGAAAACGCCAUGCGGUACAUAAACGGAACUCGUCUGGAUGACCGGAUCAUCCGCACGGACUGGGAUGCCGGCUUUAAGGAGGGCAGGCAGUAUGGCCGGGGACGGUCUGGAGGCCAGGUGCGAGAUGAGUAUCGACAGGACUAUGACGCUGGGAGAGGCGGCUAUGGAAAACUGGCCCAAAACCAGUGAGCAGAACCAUCAUGAAAAACUCACUCCUUGGCCUGCCGAGUUUGAUGUACAUUGCCUAAGGUCUGCAAACCUGCAUUUUUACAAAUAUUUGAUCAGUGUCUCUGCUGAGCCAGACACCACUUCAUGGCUUUCCUCUGAAAAUUAUUAAAGGACAGAAGCCAAAAGAAUGCCUUUAAUUCUAUAUUGGGCAUGUGUGAGGUUACCAGAAUGAUUUUCUUACCAGGUCAGAAAUCGUGUUCCUUGGCAACGGAGUAUAUAUAUGUUGAUUUAUCAGCCCAAACCACCACACGUCUUUUAGGAAAAUUGGAAAAAGUUUACAAUUUUGUUUACUCUGUUUGUGUACAAGCAGGUUCAUGUUCUACACAUUGGGGCCUGUAAUUACUAUUUUAAAAAAAUUUUAAGUUGCCUUGAGAUAAAGUUGAAUAAAUGGAGUUUUGUGAUAUU